GGUUAAUUGCAACUCGUUUUCUUGAUUAACUGUCAAUCCUGUUUUCGCAUUUCAAUUGGUCAGGUUUUCUAUUCUUUUUGAUUUCUUUAUUCUUUUCAUGUAAUUGUGAUUUUCUCUUGUUAACCUUAAUCGGUUUCCCUGUUCAUCUCAUGGAUUCUUGGGAUCCUUUUCGUAGACCCAAUAGCGGGAUUGGUGAUCCUGUUUACUCAACACCAAAUUCACCAAAAUCUUUAUCAUCAUUACCUUCACCUUUACGUUUACCUUCACCUUCAUCUAAAUCAGUUACUUUUGCUGUUCCUGUUGCUAAUCAAACUGUUCCCUCUAAACCAAUAGCACCAGAGAAUUUAUCAGAUUUGAUAAAUAGCGAUUGUUUUGAUUGGGAUAAUAUCGCCGCUGCCGCUCAAACUGUUGCCUCACCAGCUACACCAUUAACUCCGACUAAUUGUUUAUCAUCACUUUCGUUACCUUCAAAUCCAACGGUUAUUUCAUCAAGAUUGUUUGAAUUAAUUAGACAAGAGGAGGAAGUUUCUACCCGAAGAAAUCAAUUGGAAACAGAAUUAGCUUCUGUUCGUUCAAGAGAGAUUGAGCUUUCUCAACAACGUUCUCGACUGAUUAAACAACUGAAUAGUAUACUUUCACCACAAUCAAAUGCUUCACCAAAAUCGUUAACAGCGCCAUCAGUAAAUUCUCCUUCUUCUAUCAGGCCUGGAGAAACAACAAUUAUUGAAUCUAUUCCAGAUUCAGAGCCAAUACAACCUCGUUCUGAUUUAAAUGCUUCCACUUCAACUUUAAUAAAGAAAAAAAUAGGACCAGCAUCUAAAACAGGAGUAAAACAAAUUAGUCCAGGGCAAUUACCACCUUUAGGACCAAGCCCAAAUUCAUCUAAAAAAUCACGUAAAGAUGGUGAUGAUUCACCCAAAAAACCCGUUACAACAGGAGUCAAACAAUCAAGACCCCAACCAAUGAGAGCACGAAAACGCAACAAGCCAAAUGAAUCAGACUCUGCCACAGAAUCACAACUAAACAUAUCUAGUCAAGAUCAAAUUGGUAAAGACAAACAAUCACCACAAUCAACACAACCCCCACAACCAUCAAAACAACCUCCUCAACCACAACCACCACCACAAACGCAGCCACAACCAUCCAAACAACCACCACAGCCAUCAAAACAGACACCACAAUCAACACAACCACCACCACCACCACAAAAGCUGCCACAGCCUCAACCGUCGCCCCAGAAAACUCAUCCACCAAAACCUCAAAGUUCAACAAUUAAAGAAAACACUGGAAUCACAAUUAAAGAGGAACAGCAUCUUGAAUCACUAUUAGCAACACUCGAAUCAUCAAAACCUCCAAAUCCAUUUGCCAAAGAAAACAUGAAAGUCAUAGUAAAACAGGAAAAACUUGACACCCAAACCAAAACAUCUCAAACUCCACAACCUCAAAGUUCAAGCCCAAACAAAGAAGAGGCAAAAACCAAAAUAAAAGAGGAAAAAGUUGAAGCUAAAAUGAAAAAAGAGCCAAACAACAAUUAGCCAACAAAUUAACUUGUAAUCAUAAUAAUUCCAAUUGAAAAUGUAUCUUCCUUCCAUGACCAUCAAGAUAAUUACAAACUAUUCCACAACUAUAAUCAACCGAGAUUCCAACAUCCCUGAAAGAAAAAAACAAAAUUCCAAAUUAAUUCAAACAAAUUGUUUCUCGGACAAAAUCAAAUUGUAAAAAAAAAAUCUAAAUCUAAAUCCCAAACCUACAAACAAUUAACUCACUCGAUUAGAAAACAUUACAAGACAAUCAAUUCUCUAUCAAUUUAGGAUUGAACGAUUGACUCAAGAAUGAUUCCAAUCAUUUCUUAAAAUCAGCUAAUUAAACACAAUUAAUCAUCGAUUUUUAGUUAAUUUAAA